AUGAAUCAGGUAAAGAUGUCAUCUAUAUUGGGGGUUGUCCUUCGGCCGUUUGCAUCCGAAGUGAGCUUUGACCCGAUCCCAUGGCAACGAUGGAUGCGGGAGGAAGGAAUGCUCAUCUACACCAUUUCCACCAUUGUCUACCUCAUCACCAUCUUCACCGUCCAACGAGUAAUGAAGAAUCGUCCUCGUUUCGUCUUUCGCCUACCCCUCGCUCUCUGGAACAUUGGCUUGUCCAUCUUCAGUAUCGUCUGCGCGUGGCGGCUAAACGUCGCCACGCAUUACAUCCUAUCCCAGCGAGGCGCCACACUGCACAGCCUUGUCUGCGAAUGCCACUGCUUCGAUAGGGGACAACCCGGCGGGCUCUGGCUGUUCCUCUUCGCAAUGAGCAAGCUCGUAGAAUACGGUGACACCCUGUUCGUGGUUCUCCGCAAGGCAAAACUCAUUGUAUUGCAUUGGUACCACCACGUGCUCACCUACUUCAGUACCUGUUAUCUUUUCGCCUACGCCUCACCGACGGUCUUCGUCAUGGCCAUGGUCAACACGUAUAUCCAUUCUCUCAUGUACCCGUACUACGCUCUCCGCAUCUUGGGCGUGGCCGUCCCAAAACGCGUUGCCAUGACGAUCACCAGCAUCCAAAUCAUCCAGCUUUUGGCGGGUUUUCUCAUUAACCUGUACGCCGCGCAGGCGGUGUUUCGAGGAGUGCCAUGUGAAGUCGACCAUAUCGGACUAGGACUGGGUCUGUUUGGUUUCGGGACCUUGUUCAUACUAUUCGUCAACUUCUUCAUUCACAGUUACUUCUUCAGAGCCUCAAAGACAUAA